AUGAAAAUCGUCACGAUAUUUAGUAUUCUUCAUACACUAUCGGGUGUAUCUCUAGAGGACGCUAUUGUAUUCCCAAGACUGCUUGAAGAAAGGACAAAAGGGGGAAAGCAGAUAGUUUUGGUUAAGAAGGAUUUACGCCUAGAACUGCAAAAGGCGUCAAUAUUAUCAGAAAGCGUUUUGAUUAGAGGCUUCUUUGGGGAAAAUAUGGAACCGAGAUUGGAAAACGGAACCGAGUUGGAGAAAAAUUUGUAUGAAGACAAGAAGAAGUUGUCUACAGUUAUAAUGACGAAGAGCGAAGAGGGUAUCACAUUGAAAGGAAUUCUGAAUGAGGAACUGAAAAUUGAACCCUUGCUUGUUAUGCAACGAAUAUCCGGGAAAGGAAUACCCCACAGAAUUUCACAGAUUGAACUGCCUGCUUUGAACAUUUCUUCUAAGAGCGUGUGUAACGAACAUUUUUCAGACAUGGCCCUUGAAAAUGUGUCUCAACUACCCCUAUUAGAAAAUCGACAAGAUCCACCACUACUCGCUGUGGCCUGCGAGAUAAUUGUAUUGUUAGAUUCUGUCUAUGGAAUAGGAUUCUCCGGUCUCUUUGAAUAUUUAUUGGCUCUGAUGACUGCGGUGAAACUUCGGUUUAGCUUGAUGAAUGAUCCAAUAGUUACUCUACGUGUUGUCGGCAUUUACCGAUUAACUUCUGAGGAGGAAUCCCUUAUUUUUUCUUAUUCAUUCGGAUAUGUAUUGGCUGUACAAUCAAUAAGAAAAUUAUAUAUGUUUCUUAACCAACGUCCUGUGUUUGGAGGUCCGGACAUGUUUUAUAUGUUCUUAGGAAGAGACCUCGCUUCAAUCAAUGGUAACACCCUAAACCCAGGUAUUAGUGGAAUAUCCUAUUACGGGGUGAUGUGCGCAUUCAACAAUGUAGCGAUGGGAAUGGACAAGCCUGGAACGUACCAAGGUGUUCGUGUAACUACUCACGAGUUGGGACAUGCGUUUUCCUGUGUACAUGACGGUGAAGGACCUAUAGCCCAUAUUCCAAAUCAUCAAGGAUCAAACUAUCCAGCAUGCGCUUGGGAAGAGGGCUAUGUGAUGAGUUACAUCGAGAAGGAUACGAAGGCCUUUCACUUCUCUCCUUGCUGCAAACAGCAGAUGAAAGUGUUCUUCAAAACUCUCAGUAAGGAAUGCUUGGCCAUUAAGUAUGAAUAUGACUACUUCACAAGGUCAGGGGGAAAAUUACCAGGAGACAACUUCAACGGAAACAGCUUUUGCAAAGCGCAGGUCCCUUCCUAUCCUAAUAUUUUCUAUCCUCAGCCGCAAAAGCGAUUGGACCUUCUGAAAUGCAAAGUUAAAUGCAUGGCGAUAAUUGAUGCUCAUAGACGCUAUUUGUAUUUCGAUCUUUCUGCACCCGAUGGAUUGCCUUGCUACGGACAAAAUGCGACGUGCAAACAUGGGGAAUGUCGCUUCUGGUAA